AUGCUUUUCAUUCUCCUGAUCAUGCUCGAGUGGUAUGGCCCACUGGCGGAGGCCCUCGACGCGCUGUUCACCACGCUGGGCGUUCCGCCGGUCGGCCAGGCGGGCGCGCGGGCCGAGCUGAUCCCGGCCGCCGGCCCGGUCACCCGUGCCGCGCCGCGGGCCAGCCCCAUGGCCGCGGAGGGCGUUCGCCACAUGGCCUGCUGCCCCCAGUGGAAGGCCGGCGCCGAUGUGCCGGCCAGCCAGGCCGGCGCCGAGGACAUGGGUGCCGCGGCGGCCUGCGGCAUGUGCCAGAGCACCGACCCCGAGUGCCUGGGCCAGUGCGGCGACUGCCGGCGGUGGUUUUGCAACGGCACCUGGAACCCCGCGCAGCCGAGCCACCUCGUUUGGCACCUGGCCCAGAAGAAGCACCGUUCGCUGCGGCUGCACCGGGGGCACCCGCUGGGCCGGCAGCCCAUCGAGUGCACCGUCUGCCAGGCGCCCGACAUCUGGCGGCUCUCCGUCAGCACCUCCCUCGGCCGGGGCCCGGUGGUGUGCUGCGAGCCGUGCAUCGGCGAGUACCAGGCCGCCGACUGGCCCAUGUCCUGGUCGGCGGUGGUGGGGCCGAGAGCCAUCGCGGGCGAGUUGCUGCCCUCGCGCGAGGCAAAGGUGUGGCCGAGGUGCUGCAUGAGGGCCGCCAGGCGGGCGGCAUUGGCCGAGGCGGGGGCCCGCGCGCCGGAGCCCGGCCCCGCGACGGAGGACCGGCCCUCGCACCCGCAGGUGCCGGAUGUCUUCCUCUCGGCGAAGCACUACCACCGGGUGUUCCUGCCGCUGGUGAAGCUGGAGCUGGAGAAUGCCAGCAAGGAGACCUCCUCCAGCCUCGACCAAGGGGUCGUGGCCAAGUUGGAUCGCCACCAGGACAGCUAUGUGUUCCUGGAGGCCGGCAGCUCGCUCCGGGUGAAGGUCGGCUGCUUCCUGACCAUCGGCCACCCGGCGUGCGGCGACGUGGGCCUCUUCGUCAAGGUGCUCGGCGUCUCCGGCGACGCGCCGAAGAGGGUCCGGGUCCUGCUGCGGCAUGUCCUGCCGGAGCACGAGCCGCUGCUCGCUCGGGCGAUGGGCUUCACGGUGAAGGCGGUGGAGAAUCCGCUGCCGUACCUGCGCGUUCUCGAGGCGCUGGAGCGCUUUGCCCAGGGCGACGGCCUGGACCCGGCCCUCACCGGGCAUGUGCUGGGGAGACUUCUGCCCUCUGCACAUGGCCGAUGA